CAGGGAUGGAUCACUACUUCCGAGGAGMAGCUUCGCUAUCAUGGCGUCGCCAUGGAAUUGUGGCCCGUCGAGAUGUCAUCCCGUUUCACAGGUCGCGCAGCCUCUACCUGGCGUGACUUCCUCGCUCUUCGAUCUCAGCGGGGUGUACAGGAGGGCAUGAGCUAUCAGGAGUUCCGCGAUUUCCUGCAGCAGUACUUUUCUCGUCCUGCGCCGACCCGCGACCCGAUUUCCCGGGUGGCCGAGAUCAGAUGGCUUGGUGGCGACAAUGCCCUCGAGUCAUAUAUCACGGCAUUCCACCGUGUCCGCGGCCAGAUCCCCGUCACCACCAUACCGGAGGAUCCCAUGAUCCAGCGAUUCCGCGCAGGCCUUCCCCAGGCAUUCCAGCUGCAGAUGAUGGCCUACUCCAUCUCUACGUUACCAGAGGCCUUCAACAUUGCUCGGGCCAUCCAUCUAUCUUAUGCCCCACUUGUUGGCUCUUCGCCUCAGCCUCCCGCCACCUAUSCUGCUGCUGCUGCAGCCCCUCGCCCCUCCCAGCCUCGACAGUCUUCCACUUUCCGUCGUGGUCCCCGCAGAGGUCCCGGCCGAUCGCUCGCACGCCGAUUCCACGCCUUGCUCCAUGACCCGUCGGGUGCCGAGGAGGGCACGGCCUCAGACGGUUCGGCGAGUGACCCAGACCAGGGAGCUGGGAUUGAGUGUGCUGCAUUGAUUCAAGGUAUGAUUUCCAAUGCCCAUUCUUUAGAAAAGCUGGAACUCAACUUUUUUGAGUGCAAGGGAAGUGAAGGUUGUCAAGUAAUGUCUGUCAACAUGGUCCACGGUCUGCUGGCUAGUGAGAGCCUACAGUCUUGCGAGCUUGGGUUUGUUCCGGAAAGGGUACUCACCACUUUAGCCAAAAGCCUUGCAUCUAUGGACAUAGGCUUUGAUGGUGGCGCUCCUGCAGAACCGUUGGUCACACCCCUGGAAAUGAAAAGUGGGGUCCAAGGGCAGGGAGUGCGAAGAAGAUCUCAACUCAAAGAUGUGACCCUCCACACAUCAGAUUUUAGGCAGGAUGCAACAGAUGCCUUUGCAGCCAUGCUGAAAACAAACAACACUCUUAAGAAACUGGAAAUUAGUAGUUUUGAAGAAGGGACUUGUGAGUGGGACAUGAAAACGAUUGUGAAAGGGUUGCGGAGUAAUAUUUGUCUAGAAACGCUGAAUUUUGAAUCUGACAACCUAUUUAGGACACUCCCAUCUGAAUUAAGGGCAGAGAUGCUCUCUACCUUGGAGUCCAAUAAGACACUUCAGGAGUUUGCUUUCAAUCGGAGAUCUGACAGAGUUAUUGAUCGUAAGUUGUCAAGAAACAGGCAUGAGCGUCAACUGCUUGAGGCUGGUGGAGGCUUGGAACGCACUACCAGCAGCCACAUCAGAUGCUUUUUGGCGGGUGAACCUCAUGUGGGUAAGUCGACCUUGAAGGAUUCGAUUUGCCGUGGAACAUUGGAGUACUGGAUAGACAAGAUGAAGCAGAUGACACCUGGUGAUCGGCCUGCCAAACCUCGAACGAAGGGCAUUGAGGUGGUCCAUGUCGCAUCGAAAGGGGUCAACAUCCAGUUCUGGGACUUGGGUGGACAACCUGAGUACCACACCAUCCAUGAUCUGUUCAUGCCAACUCUAGGAGGGGACAUGGCAGUUCCACCCAUCUUCUUGCUUCUAUUUAAUCCGGUGAUCGAAUGUGAGCAAGUAAGCAGUGGCAACUCAAGUGGAGACAGCUCGGCAGCUGUGGAAGUUGAGAAGAGACAGUGGGAUGAACUUCUUCAACGACUGAGGUACUGGCUGAGAUUCAUCGCGACAAACUGCAAAGCCGAAAGGAAGCCUUGUGUGAUUCCAGUACGCUUCCAUGAGGAAUUCCACAACAAGGGUGUUUACAACUGCCAGACGGACCUCUCUUACAUAUUUUGCAAUGGCCAUGAGAUCUAUGUGGAGUUUGGGGGAAUCCAUGACGAUUGGAUUGACGUCUUGGUAUCAUCACCUGAUGUUUCUGUUGCAGAAGCAGCUGAAUGGGUUGAUAGGAACAUUGUGAAAGCCAUCUACCAACUUUGCAGCRAGCCGACUGGUCUCCCAGGUGUGGAUCUGGUGACGAAAAUUGUGCGCCCACGCUGUUUGACAACAUGUCCAAUUGUUCAGCGGAGGUGUCGGCGUGACGAUCAGACUGUCACAGAAGAAAAGCUGAUCGAGGGGAUGGAGAGGGAGGAAAAUAAUUACAAUCAUUCAUGGCCUGCCAUUUGGGAUGAGCAGGGCAAGGAAAUUGUUCCACCAUCUUGCGACAAUGCGACGGCGUUAAUCAGACCGAAAACACUGGAGUGUCACCUGUCCGUUCAGAAAAUUGAGCUGCACAGAGAUUGUCAGAGCUUCAAUGUAGUUGAAGGGAACUCAGGACAAAGACCGCAACAUUCUGAUUUCGAAAAGAGCACUGGCAGGUUCGGGGACUGCUCUGAGGCACCACUUGAAUGUGACCAGCCCACAAGCAAUGUUCAACAGGUGGGUGAUCCGGUGACAAGCACUAUGCACGAUCUUGCGGUUGGAUGUGAACAGCCUCCAAGAUAUGCUCGAGAGUUAGCUGACUUGGUGCGUGAUGUGGGUAGAAAAGUUGACCGAAAUUUUCGGUCCAUCAGCGAGAUGAAAGAAGUGCUGAACAUUCAGAGGGAAGAGCAAAGAAAUGCAUUUGCAAGAGUCUCUAGUGCUCUGUCUAGCAUAUCUGUUUUUGCCACUGAGCAGCACAGUCAUCGCCUACCUCAUCGUGUUUACAUCACUGAGAGGACAUCUGGCUCUUGCCAGAAACUGAGUUUCCUGAUUGGCCUCAGGGCAGUUGAGCUGCACCUCAUGUGUGAAUCCCGAGACUGCUGCCAUGCUGUGUGUGGCCAGAAGGGGAAGAAGUUGCAUCUUCCAAAAGAGGAAAGUCGGCAUGCGUGGACUCUCUUCAAGUGGACAAUUCUCGCUGUGACUGUGCUGUUGAAAACCGGCUGUGCAAUGUCUAUGGGGAUCCAUCAGCUUGUGCCAGACUUGGGUGGCGUGGCCAACUGGACAAGCUUUGUGAUCGGAGCAGUGGGUAAUGCUGGUCUGGACUUUGGAGACCUGGAAGACCUCAAGCGGAGAAUGAAUAACGUUGGAAAGGAUAUGUUCAAGGAUGAUGGUCCGGAAGAUGUUGUGAAGCGUCAGAAAGCGAUGGACUGGCUGGAGGGAAUCCUGGAAGGCGGGGCAAGCGAGGUACGAGAAAUAUUUGAUCUUAGCAAGGUGAAAUUCCUUGCAGACUUGCAGUUCGGUAUUGGGCUUGUUUCCUACAAGAGGCUACAUAAGCAGUCAGACUGCCUGCGCCAGCUUGGUCUGACAUUUUGGCAGUGGCGCGAGAAGUAGUGCUGCGCAGAACACCGUUGAGAGGCAGUUUGGUUGACAUCGAGCCAUAGAGCUCCUCUGCUGGGAUUGAGAGCAUAGGGGAGGAAGGGUGAAGAAGGAUGCAUGACAUGCGAUGAAGGCAACGUAUGGUGAUUGUCGCUGUUGAUGUGGUGGUACUUGUCAAUAUCACUCGGUUUUGCAAAUUGGCUCGUACUACCUCUGAGUCACCGUUGAGUCGUUGACAGAUGAUGCCAUCGAGGCGUAGAGCUCCUCUGCUGGGAUUGAGAGCAUAGGGGGGGAAGGGUGAAGAAGGAUGCAUGACAUGAGAUGAAGGCAACGUAUGGUGAUUGUCGCUGUUGAUGUGGUGGUACUUGUCAAUGUAUCACUCGGUUUUGCAAAUUGGCUCGUACUACCUCUGAGUCACCGUUGAGUCGUUGACAGAUGAUGCCAUCAAUGACAGGUGUGAGUCGGCAAGCACAAAUAGUUAUUCAAAGCUGCACCUUAUUUGUCUGAUUCUCUUCUUAGCAUGAGGUUGACCGAACCGGUUGAGAGUCGUUUUGAUUGCAAUGGGAGGUGCAAGUGGCGUUCAACUCUUGAGAGUCGUCUCAGUUCUUAUAUUUUUGGUGGGAGAUGGGCUGUGGAUGGAAGGUGGAAUACAUGAUGUGGGAGUGGUACAUGCAUGCAUGCACUGAACACGCCACUGCAGCAGUGGUUGCUAGGGACAUGAGUAGCCUCGGAAACGCACACGUUCGCACAUAUGCCAUGGUGUAAAACGGGGUGGAGCAGAACUUCAACGUGGAGCAGAGGGCAGGAACUUCAACUGCAGGGGAAGUAGCCUUUGUCAACAAGUCGUUAGACUUCCUGAGAAAUUAUCUGGUCAAUGAGCUUGGACCUAUCAACAAGUCACAAGAUACAAUGUUGUGGGUGAUGGAGUUUCCUUCAUUCGAGUGGGAUGAAGAUAAUCAGCGGCUGGAGAAUGCACAUUAUCCGUUCACGGCAGCAGUUGCUGAGUACAUGAGUAAUCUCCGAAGCAGGCAUGCUCUCGCGUAUGACAUGGUGUAAAAUGGGCUGGAGAUUGGCGGAGGAAGUCCGCCAAUCUGCAAGCAAGAGGUUCAAGAGAAGAUCUUUGAGGCCAUAAGCGGAGGAACCCUCUGGAUGCGCUCGACCUCAGUGCGCCAUUCCAUGGACGCAUUGCAUCUGGGCUGGACCACAUGGUGAUGGCAUCCGUGAUGCUCUUUUUUCCAGCACUGCCAUCAAUCAGGGGUGUCAUUGCGCUCUCGAAAACAAGACGAGCUCAGUUCGCAAUGAGAAAGGCCCCUUCCUAUGUCCGUCUGGCACAGCUCACUCACGUGAAGAUGAAGAGCGCAGUAAAGAUGAGCUGAACAAUGCACAUAGAGAAAGGUGCUGCAGAGUUUGUUCCCAGAUUUCUUGCUGUGAUGCUCUCAACUGUCCUCAGGCUGCCCUGUUACGUUACCCAGUCUGACCGGUUUUCUUGUGAAACUAAUCUGUGGUCAGGCAUGCAUGGGCGGAUGUGGCGUUUUGACCUUCUCUUCCUCCUCCUCCUCCUCUGCUUUUGCUCCUCCUCCCAUUUGGUCAGGUGCAGCAAAUGAGCUGGGAGUGAACAAACCCAGCUUCAGUAG